AUGGGAGAGUAUGAGCCGAAAAUAGAGGUGCAGUUCCCAGAAACGGUUCCAUCUGCAAAAGGAACAACGGUGAAACUGGAGUGCUUUGCCUUGGGGAACCCAGUUCCUACAAUUAGCUGGAGGAGAGCGGAUGGGAAACAGAUACCCAGAAAAGCCAGGAGGCACAGAUCGAGUGGACUUCUUGAAAUCCCAAAUUUUCAGCAAGAAGAUGCUGGGCUCUAUGAGUGCGUAGCUGAAAAUGUGAGAGGGAAAAAUGUUGCACGAGGACAGCUGACAUUUUAUGCUCAGCCCAACUGGAUUCAGAAAAUCAGCGAUGCACACGCAGCCAUAGAGGAAAGCGUUGUCUGGGCAUGCCGAGCGAGCGGCAGACCCAAACCGUCGUGACGCUCGCUGAAGGGGGAGCCGCUGCUGCCCCAGGGCAGAGUUCAGCUAGAGCAGGGCUCGCUCACGAUAACGAACGUCAGCCUGUCAGAUGCCGGCAUGUAUCAGUGUGUAGCGGAAAACAGACACGGCAUCAUUUUUGCCAGUGCAGAGCUGCAUGUCAUAGCCAUCGGUCCAGACUUUUCCAAAACACUCUUGAAAAAGUUAACUCUUGUUAAAGUGGGUGGUGAAGUAAUCAUUGAGUGUAAGCCGAAAGCUUCCCCCAGACCUACUUAUUCUUGGAAGAAAGGAAAAGACAUCCUACGAGAAAAUGAGAGCUGGUUUCCACCAAGGUUAAGAGAGGAAGAGAUACACCUCAAAAAUAACAGGUUUCUUCAAAGCUUUGUGAAAAUAGGCAACUGGGAAAAGGAGACGCUAUUAUUUCCUCUCAGUGAAACCCUGUCACCCAAAGUCACGCCACGGUAG